UUGUCAUCUGGUUAUGUGCAUACUGAGUCACAAUAGCAAUUACAGAAAAUCUCUACGUCCAUGUGGGAGUUAAAGGAAGUAAAAAAAAAAAUAUAUAUAUAUGUAACACUGCACCUGUGCUUUAUUGCAGACUAUGCUGCAGAUACUUAUGGAUAUGGGACUGCCUUUAUACAUGUUGUUCGGUUCAUUGGUGUACGAUGUCUAUGCCACACAUUCAUUAGGUGCAUCAACAUUUGUAUCUGCGGCUUUGAGCGUACCUUCUAGAUGCCAGUGUAUCUCAAAAAAGAAUGAGAUCUGUUCGUUCAAGAAGCACAUUAAGGACCUCACUGUGACAAUGCCAUCGUCACACUGCAGCGUCCAAGAAAUCAUAGUACAUCUGAAUGAUGGGAAAAGACAAAUGUCAGCCUGCAUACAACCAGAGUCGGAAAGAGGAAAAGCUCUAAUUCGCUGCUGGGACAAAUUUGAAAAAGAUCCUCAGAAGAUGAAGAGAUGUGCCAAGAGAUGUAAAGGUUGGAAAAGACCCAAAAGAAAAAACACAAAGAAAAGAAAAAGAAACUGACCUUAGUAAAAAAGCUAAGAUUAUAAUUGGUGUGAAAGAUGAAGCAAAAUGACUUGAGAAGGCCUCUUCAUACAGGACUAGCCAUGUGUUUAUUACAUCCUAGUUACAAAUCUUCUUUACUUCAAACACAAAAAGAACCAUUUUAUAGAAAUAUAGUAUGAAUCAUCAGUCUAUAUUCUUAGUGAGUUCUAUAUUGUAUAAGAGCUGUAAAGGUUUUCAUUUUAAAAUGACAACAAAAAGUCACAUAUACAUAGCAUAUAUCGGCAGUUAAUUAUUAUUAUUGGUAAUUUGUAGAGCGCCAAAAGAUUCUGCAGCGCUAGUUAAGAAAUAUUUGUAUAUAAAAUAUAUAUCUUUUAAAGUAAUUUAACACUGCCAUUAUCUUAGCAGAAUUUACAAGGUGUUGCAAAUCAAGAGUCGUUCAGAGGUACACCUCUUGAAAAGCCAAGUGGAAUCUAUGUUCCUGGUCUCAUUUGCUGGGGACAGUUGGGGACAGAUUUAAAAUGAUGAUCCAACCAAUCACUGUAUAUAAUAUUGCAGGGUCAGCUAUAUUUCAAAUAGAGUCAGCAGGUUCACUGAAUGAUAUGAAUCAAGCUGAAAAUGGAUGAAAAACACCUGAGCUAUUUUGUGACAUUUACCAAGUUUUUGCUAAAAAGACUGGAAUCUAGGGGGCCAAUUUAUCAAGUGCCGGGCGGACAUGAUUUGCUGUAGCGAAUCAUUUCUGCCCGGCAUCGCUAAAUGCUGAGAACAUACGCCGUCGGCAUUUAUCAUUGCACAAGCAUUUCUCUUGAAAUGGUUGUGCAAUGCCGCCCCCUGCACAUUUGCGACCAAUUGGCCGCUAGCAGGGGGUGUCAAUCAUCCCAGCGCUACGGAAUUUGGCGGCGCUAUACAAAUAAAUGAUAAUAAUAAUCCCGAUCGUAGCAGAUUGGGAUGAUAGCAGUCCGCCACAUAAAAGGUCACGGACAAGGAGCAACGGUCUUAUGACUGCUGCUUCUUAACUUAAGUUUCAGGUGGACCUGAAACUUUGGGCGGAUUCAGCAGCAUCCGCUGCUUGAUAAAUUAGGCCCUAAGUCUAUGUUUCUUUUAUUUGUUUACUUUCCAGACAGUAUUGUUCAUGUGUUUAAUAGCAAUUUCUCAAAAUCAUAAUAAUGUAUUUUUUGUGUUUGUAAAAAAGGAUUACUGUCAGAAUAAAGUUUUCCUGUAGUAAAAUUGUCUUCAGAAGUAUGAGCAUUUAGUUGAACAAAGAUCUCAUAGAUAAAGAAACAUCACUUUCACAAUAGGGCACUUAUUUCACAUUAAAAUAAAUGAAAACUUCAUUACAUAA